AUUGAGACCUACCUCAAGGCCAGCGCGUUCAGGCAGAAAGUGCAGGCCGCCAAGCAGCGGCUGGGGCAGGCACAGGCGGGCGCGGAGGGUGGCGCGCCGGUGGGUGCCGCGGGCGGGGGGCCUGUCGCAAAGGUUGGGUGCUGCGGGGACUGA